UGCCUGGCGUCAUACAUGCAGCGGCUAGGCAUUGUCCGAGGCGAGAUUCUGUGCAUACAACGUGCACUAUUUUUGGAGGGAGGGACGGCGGGACGGAGCGCCAAGAAUGACAUAUGCGCUGUGUGCCUCUGUGCCCAGCGGCAGGGGAUUGACAUGCCAUUGCUAAUCAGAAAUACACAUGUGCGUGUUGUUUAUUUUAGGCUCGCCGUACUAUUUUCGCAACUUCUCGCUGAACCAACUUGUAUACGAGCUGCCCGAGAGUCUAAGGAGCCGGCGCGAGGAAAUCAAGAGCCGCCUGGCGCCCGACGAGAUGCUGCUGUCCAUCAGCCAGUUCCCGCUGCUGGGCGCCGGCUCGUACAUUGAGGACCAGGGCUCGCUCGACGGACCGCUCCUGCACAGCAAGCUGCUGUCCGACGACACCCUCAAUGCAGUGCCGCCAUUCACCCUCGAGAUCAACGGGAUCAGCGAUCGGCGCGGCGAGGUGCCGCUGACCAGCGUGCCUGUCUUCCACGAUACCAACACGCCGUGGCCAUUUGUCGACCCGAUCCUGGGCGCCUCCACGCCAGACCGCGCCAAUGGCCGCGACUCCGCAUGCAUGCUCGGUGAUGCGAAGCCGCAGGAGCUGCUGCCUGGGCCAAAUGCGGCCAGCGGCGCUUCGGAAAACUUUGACAGUGACGCGGUGUGCCCCGAGGGCGAAUCGACCGACAGCUGUCUGUUCCUGGACUCGCCGCUGUUUGGAAUCGGUAGCGGCGGCGUUCUGCGUGUCACAAUGUGCGCUGCUGACCUCGAGGAAGCCCGCAUCCUCUACGACAAUCUGGCGCCAAUGAGCGCUAUCAUGCUAGCCCUCACUGCUGCCACUCCAAUCGUGCGGGGACACUUGACCAACCGCGAUUGCUACUGGAACACACAGUGCAGCGCUGUCGACGACCGCUCGGCCCAGGAACGCGGAAUAGUGCCCAUCACGACGGCCAAGGGCAUGCUCCACAAGUCGCGCUUCGGCACAGUUGAUGUUUUGCUCAGCCCCGGCCCACGCAGCGCCGAUCUGUCGUUCCGGCCGGAAUUCAACGACGGCCAGUACAUGUACGACGACAACUCGUACUGGAAAAUGCGCGAGGGCGGAGUCGACGACCUGCUGGCCAAGCAUGUCUCGCGGCUGUUCAUCCGCGACCUUCACUAUGCCUCCGACCAUCUCCUGCAGCAGACAAAGAAGGACAGCAAGGCCGAGUCGAACGGCCAGGAGCACUUCAAGCGCUUCCUCGGAUGCAACCGCCAGAACGUCUGCCUGUACCCGCCCAACAUCAAGACCGGCAGCGGCUGGGAGGUCGAGUUCAUGUCGCUCGAGGUCCAGCUGACCGACGAGGAGAACGCCGCGCUCAUCACAUUCAUGGUCCUGCUGAGCCGCGCCAUCCUGUCGUUCCGCCUCAACCUCUAUUUGCCUAUUUCGAUGAUGGACGAGAAUACCGACCGCGCCCAGAGGGUCAAUGCUGCCAAGGAGCAGGUGUUCCUGUUCCGCCGCGACCUGUACACGGGCCGCGACGGCAAGUCUGGCGGCUCCGGUAGGAUCUGGCGCCGCAUGGCUGCUGCCGCUGCCAAGGACGCGCCCGCUGCCAGGAGGGGCCAGUCGGGCUUCAUGGUCAGGGACCACCGCGCCCCGUCCUCGUCGACACUCGUCGACAGCCAGCCAUACACCGCAGAGUACAUUGAGCUGACGCUCGACGAGAUCAUGAACGGUGCGCCGCAGUUCCGCGUCGUCGGUCUCCUGAACGCCGUGCGCUCGUAUCUGAGCUCCCUGCAGCUGGAGCUGGACGUCGAGAUCAAGCUGCGCCAGCAGCUGAAGCUGAUCGAGAACCGUGCCAAGGGACAGACAUCCACCCUGGCCGCGUACAUAAGGGGCUUUGUGCAGAAGCACCCAGACUACCGCCAGGACUCGAUCGUCCCGCCGUCUAUUAACUACGACCUUAUGCGCACGCUUCAUGACAUCGAGGACGGCAAAAUCAAGGCGCCCGAGCUCCUGGGAUAGUUCGCCAGCCCCCCCCCACUGCACCAGCAUCUCUUAUAUUGAUAUCCACCCCACACACCCACACAUCUCCACACAUCUCCAUCUGUCUAUUUACCUGCA